AACCCCCGAUGCGGCAUCGGGCGGAGCAGCCGUGGACUCGUCCCAGCGAGGCGGCCGGAGGGAGGCGGUGUCCUCAUCCGUGGCGCAUGUAUAUAUAGCAUCCUCCCCUGUCGACUCUGCACGCCUUAUCAUCACACACAGCAUCAGAGUGCGGCCGGGAAGCCAUAGACUUGCGUAGGAAAGAGCUAAGCGCAGGGAGGAAGACGAUCAGAGGUCCAAGCUAGUGCAGUGCAGUUUGGCCCGAAAGAAUGGCCUUGGGAGACGACUCUAGUCCCGCGUCUUAUAUCCACAUGGUGCAGCACCUGAUAGAGAGAUGCAUGACGUUCGGGAUGAGCAUGGAGGAGUGCAUGGAAGCGCUGUCCAAGCGCGCCGACAUCCAGCCCGCCGUCACCUCCACAGUGUGGAAGGAGCUGGAGAAGGAGAACAAGGAGUUCUUCGACAAGUACAAGCGGUGGAUAUCGGAGAAGAUAAGCGCAGGCAGCUCCUGAUUAAUUAUGCUGCUUGCUUGCUUAUUUAUGAUGUUUUUUAGUUCUUUUUAGGUUUACUGUACUUAGAGGAAAUAAUAUAGAGAUGGGGAGGUCAGCUGCUAAUGCGAUCGAUCUGCUGUAUCACCUACUGGGCUAUGGUGUUGCAUGUGUACAGGGUUGGCAGGGAGAAGCCAUCUCUUCGAUAGCAGUUGUUGCAUCAAUCUCUUCGAUUCUGUAUGUAUCUAUCUCCUAUACCACAUGGUUCA